ACUUUAUAAUCAUUUAUAUUUUUAUAAUUCAAUUUCCGCUAUUAAUUAUAAAGAAAAUUGUUUAUCCAAGCACUUAAAUUGUUUAAACACAUUUUUUUUUAAUUUAUAAGAAAAAAUUACAUGCUGACUUGCUUUUAAAUCACAUAAUCAUACUAUUAUCGUAACCUUAAAAGCAUCUCAAGGUUUGCUCCAAAUUGAAAUCACUCAUGAUACGAUAAAUUAAAAUAAUUUUUCUAUUGUAAAGAAACAAUUUAUCAAUUCAUUAGUUCACUAUUUGUAUUGAAAAUGAUGGUAUUUCAAAGAUUACCCCAAAUACUCAAUCCUGUUAGUUGUCUUUGUAAACAAGUUUCUCCACUUGGUAAUAAAUUAUUGCAAAAUGUAAAUUCAAUAAAUUUAAUCAGUAAACAAGGAAAAAAAACACGUGUAGCAUGGUUGGUUGAACGUCCAAAAACACCGAUAGAGAUUAAAAAACCAGAAAAUAGAACAAGUGUGCCAUGGCUAGGUGAACGUCCAAGCUUUCCAGCAAAAAUUCCUGAACCAACAGAAGAAGAUGGAAGAAAAGAAAUGAGCAUUUACAAUGAAAUAAACAAUCAAUUGUUGACACAAACUCACAGUAGAUUAUUCGCGAUAAUCUAUGUCGCUGGCAAACAAUUUAAAGUAACAGACAAUGAUUUAAUCGUGAUUGAAGGUUACUGGCCACCAAAUCCUGGAGAUGAAAUAAAGUUUGAAAAAGUACUACUAGUAGGUGGAACUGAUUUUACUCUAAUUGGACGGCCACUUAUCAAUUCUGAAAUGGCCAAUGUAAGUGCAACAGUUAUUGAAAAGACAUUUUCACAUACCAAAUAUAUGUUUUAUCAAAGACCACGAAAACAGUAUCGACGAUUACGUUUCUUAAGAGUACAGCACAACUUAGUAAGAAUAAAUUCAAUCAAUCUCUAUGCUCCAAUUCAUGAAAAAAAACAAUUCGAAGGAUUAGACAGAAUUUAUUGAAACAAAGGCACUUUUUGACUUAUAUUAUUUGUUUUUACUGUGUA